UGUCACAACUAACGUAGUAAGAAAACUUUGCUUAUGAUUAUCUGUAACAGUCAUACAUUCAGACAUCAGAAUUGAGAAGUUUUAUCAAUUCUAUGUUAUUUUAUGUAUCUUAGGCUUUUUAUUCUUCUAUAUCCACCUUCCACGUUGUUUCAAAGGUAAUACCAACCAACAAUACAUCCUGAACCUACUGAUGCCAUUCCACCGCCGGCCUCCCUUUUAUAAUCCAUCACUCGUCUUUUGACCUCAAAGUUUCCAUUCCAAUUGGCAUUGUUUUCACUUCAAAGUUUCCAUAGCAAUUGGUGCAUAGACAUUGUUUCUUAAAGAACUCUCUGUCAUGUGUCUCGCGUCGUUUCUUAAGUUCCUCAAAUUCAAAUUGAGGCGUAAACGCUUCGUUGAUAAAGUUGCAUCCAUUAAAGAUGGCAAUCAUCUAGAAGGAAAUGACAGCAUCAAGUCUGGCGCCAGGAGAUACACCUGGGACCAGAUGCAGAAGUACACAAUGAAUUUCUCUUCGGUGAUCGGGUAUGGAGGAUUUAGUACUGUCUAUCUUGCUCAAUAUCCCGACUCAACUAUGGGGGCCGUGAAGAUCCACAGCCAAAGUGACCGUCUCAAUCAAGCGUUCAAGCAGGAACUGGAGAUCUUGCUCCACCUAGAGCAUGAUAAUAUAGUGAAGCUGCUUGGUUAUUGUGAUGAUCAAGAUGAAGGAUUUCUGAUACUCGAGUACGCACCCAAUGGAAAUUUGCAGGAGAAACUUCACUGUAUAGGCAAAUCGACGGGAAGAAAGACGCCAGUGCUUCCUUGGAAGAGACGCAUGGCAAUAGCAUUCCAACUUGCUCUAGCAAUCGAAUACCUCCAUGAAAAAUGCGCUUUACAAAUCGUCCAUGGUGACAUAAAAUCUUCGAACAUAUUGCUGGACGAGAAACUGAAUUGCAAGCUAUGCGAUUUUGGGUCGGCAAAGAUGGGAUUUUCUUCCACAGUGCUUCCACAAUCUUCCCAUGGAAAAAACAGGAUGAUGCUUGGUUCUCCGGGCUAUACAGAUCCUCAAUAUUUCAGGACAGGGCUUGCCUCCAAGAAAAAUGAUGUAUACAGCUAUGGAGUCGUUGUAUUGGAACUCAUAACGGGAAUGGAAGCCUUCAGUGCGCAUAGCGGAGAGAGAUUGACAAGAAAACUUGACCCAAUGCUGCGAGACGCAGAGAAGGUGGUGGAAAUUGUGGAUCCACAUCUCGGUGGGGACUUUGACUUGGAAGAAGCCAAGGUCAUGACUUCCCUCUCAGCAAUGUGCCUUUGCGAUUCUCCCAGCCUCAGGCCUUCUGCAUCAGAUAUCUUAAGAACUAUGAGAAAUGGAAUUCCCUCCUUCUCCUUCUUGCUCAGAGGAAAGGCUUGCGAUUAUCCUGGGUGUACAAAAAGCUGUGAAUAACUUCACAAUUUGCUAUAGUUUGAUUGUAGAUGAAAUUCUGUAACUGGAUAUAUGUAGCUAGGUUGUUAGGAACGUAAUUUUUGAUCGGACUGGUCAAGGAGUCUUAUGGAU